UUACUGUGUAGUGUUUAACUUGAGCCCGUAUAAUCUUCUGCGAGUAUCUGUAGAAGGGACUGUGUGUCUGCUUUACGAUCACGUGUAGGAACCGGCUCUCCACAAUGAAUCAUUACGGUGUAAUUGCAGUAUCUGUCAACAUGUGUAACUGGUAAAACUCAGGGUUUUAACCAAACUGUGCAUGAUGUCAGUGCAGUUAAUCUCAUUGGUUGACGUGAGACGAGCCACAGGACAACUGAAGACGUUCUUUGGUGAAACAGAGAGUUGAGUGCGGUGGCAUUGGGCACUGCCCACAAAUUCUUUCAUUAAGCGAAGAAGCGAUGCCCUCCCUGACACUCUUCGGCCGCAAGUGGCUGGUGGCUUCGGACGACCUCGUGUUCCCAGGGAUCUUCGAGUUUGUCUUCAGGUUCAUAUGGGUGGUCCUGCUUUCCCUGGCCUGCGCCCGCUACUUUCCAUACACGUGGCAGUGCCCGGAAGGGGGUGUGUUUGUGCGGGUGUACAUGAUAGGGGUGCUGACUAUUCUGGUGUGUAACAUGGUCCUGUUGGUUCCGCUGGUGAAUAGGAGUGCGCAGGGCGCCAUUUUGGACACAGCGGCCAGACGCCUAGUUGCCCCACUACUAACAGUGAAGAUCCUACUACUCCUUCCAGAGGUUGGCUGGAACAUCAUGGGCACGAUGUGGCUGUUCGGGGAGACAGUGCAGUGCAGCAGUGAGCACUUCACCACGACUGUUACGGAAGGGCUGGUGCUAUUCAACUGGGUGCUCCUCGCACUGACUUUGUUCGGGCUUGCUGUCGUGUUCGACCCGCUGGGCUCCACGCGGUUCAGCGAGCAGGAAUCUACUUUGGAGACACUGCGGCACCGGAAACUGACGCGUCUUUGGAUGCGGCGCCUGCAGUGGACGUUCUGCUGGAUGCGGCGCGACAAACAUGGCAACGACGCCUUCUACCACAUGGCCAAUUUCUUCAGCUCGCUGUUCCGGGGAACUGACACGGUGCCUUCUGACUACAUGGCCGGCUUUAUCCUGAUGAGAGUCCGUCAGAAACGCGAGACCAGAGAGAGACGCAGACUCCAGCUCCUGGAUAAAGAGCCGCAGAAUGUGCAUGAUGUGCAGAAGGUGAUGGCAGAUGCACCAGACUGGAUGUCAUUGGAGCUAGCUCAUCAUUUUUUAAAACUGGCCAUGGCCGCCUACACAUGGCCAUUUGUUAUGUACAGAUAUCCAUUCAGUGGUCUGGCCAAACUCACGGCCAACAUGACAUGUUGCUCAUGCAUAAGAUCCAAGUCAACACUGGUGCGGGAGGACAACUGCUGCCUCUGCAACCUUGCAGGCGUCCGGUACCUCUCCAUGAUUGCUGAGGAAGAUAUUCUGUUUGCCUCAUUUCGGAACCGGAUAUUUGAGAUGCCGUACUAUGUGGUGGCAGACCAUAAAACUGGCAGUAUUGUCCUUGUGGUUCGUGGGUCCAUUUCUAUGCGUGACGUUUUCACAGAUCUAAAUGCAGGUGCGGAGAAGUUUGAAGCUGAAGGGCUUCCCCCCAACAGUAUGGCUCACAGAGGAAUGUCAAUUGGUGCACACUACAUCAAGACAGACCUAGAAGACUUGGGAAUAUUGACCAAGGCUUUUCUUCUCUAUCCACACUACAAACUUGCUAUAACAGGACACAGCCUUGGCGCUGCAGUGGCUGUCCUUGUAGGUUGCUUGAUCCGCCCCAAGUACCCAGAUCUGAGAGUAUAUGCACUGUGUUCUCCAGCAGCUGUACUAAGUCGUGAAGCAGCACGCUACACCGAAGACUUCACAUUCUGUGUUGGUGUUGGAGAUGAUUUUGUCAUGCGGCUAAGCAUUGACAGUGCUGAAGACCUGCGGACAAACCUGCACCAUGUGCUUGAGGCUUCUCGACUACCAAAAUACCGUAUAAUGCUGAAUGGAUUUGGAUAUGCUAUGUUUGGAGUCCCAACACGUGACCUGGAGACAACAUGGAAGAGUGAAUGCACUACACCGCCAGCACCAGGUCAUCUGCCCCUUCUGUUCAAACCUCUGGAACCCACUUCAUGGAGCGAGGUAUCUGUUCUGGAGAAAGAUGUGCCAGCUCGCCGUUUCUCUCGCACACGUCUCUUUUCACCAGGUCGCAUCCUUCAUAUCACCUACAGGAAGAAGACUGGAGCAGACAAGAAGUCUGGAGUUGGGGGAUCCAAGUUUGCAGUGCGCUGGGCAGUCGCUGAGGACUUCAUGCAGCUUGCAGUAAUGCCACGCAUGAUUCUUGACCACCUGCCUGAGAAUGUAGAGAAGGUGCUGGACACCAUCUUGAAGGAGCAGCGAGAACUGGAGCACCAUCGGCAACACCAUUCAUCAUGACACAGAUGGAUAGUACAAUACUUCAACUCACCUUUCUGUGAAACCUGUGUUUGUAACUGUCCAUACUGCAUUAGUACGUGGGAAUUGAGAGUAGACUUUGACCAGUAUUGCUACAGGGUUCUGCAUUACAUGUGAGAUACAGACAUGAGUUUUGAAACAUUGUAGUUCAUAGCAACAAUAACAGUUACACACACAAACAAUGAAUUUAACAACUUGAGAGUGAAUCAGGAAAGACUGAACAUAUAAGAAAUAAAGGGAUGAAAACUAAAGGUACUGAGAACCUGCGGACAAUUGGUAGUCAGCUGUGAAAUAAUUCUGGACCUACUGUCAUAACUCACAUGAAGUAUACUCUGCUUUAAGAUCUCAGAAGUGUGGAGAGCUUGGGGAAUAUAGUGCCUUGUGGUUUUACAUUGGAUACACAGUUCCUUGGAAAUAGUAAUACCCUAUAAUUUAUUUGUUAUGCUUAAUCAGGGAGAUUAUUUCCAAAUUGCAUGUGUUUUGUCAUCCCCAUUUCCACCAUGUCAGAGAAGAAAUAGUCUUCAAAUUUUGUAGAGCUUUCUGCAGGUGUCUUGAAUCAUGCUCUAAGAUUCGCUUAGAUGGAACCGGAAGCUGAAGUGUGGUUGAUAAAUUGUCAGGCAUUCUUCAUGUAAAAUAACGGGUUAAGUGGUGUUGCCAAUCCAUCCAAUUAUCCAUAUAUUCAUUAGCCCAUCUAUCCUGCCACAGGCCCACACAUGAGGCUACCCAGCAUUCUAUCCAUCUGUCCAGUUGCUGUCCCACUUUAUGUAAUGUUACAUGUAAAGAACACUUAAAAAAUCUGCAUAUGUAAGAUGAAGGGUGUGUUAAAUUUGAUUUUUCUAUGGUGCACAAAAAUCAUGGAAAUCAGUAUUUCUCAGUCUGCAGCCUUCUUCAGAACAUGUCGCUUUCUCCAUGUGCUCAUCAUUACCAACACAAAAGGAAUAAGGAAUAUUAGCUUAUAUUUACUGUUGGAAAAGCAUUAGAAUGAAUGGGAUUGUAACUAUAUUUGUGAAUCACACAUUCCCAGUGGUCUGCAAACCACAAUUUAAUGACCAUUGUCUUUUGGCAUGGUUUUUUAUUUUUCGUUAUUGUGACUCAAUUGUUUUAUAAGUCUGAAAUGAAAGACAAAUAAAGAGGUUAUUUAAUUU